ACUUCCAGGCAAGACACGCACUGCAUCUCAGCUUGCUGCAACUGCACCAGAGAAUAGCUGCAGCUGCAUCCAUUGAUCGGCCUGCCUCAUGGCUCGAGCAUCAGCUGCAAGAUGUAGCAUCAGCUGCAUCGCUGUCCUCUUGCUCCUCGCGCUCGCCGGCACCUCGUCGGCGCAGCUGUCCACCAGCUUCUACUCCUACUCGUGCCCUGGCGUGUACGACGCCGUCAAGUCGGUGAUGCAGUCCGCCAUCGCCAGGGAGCAGCGCAUCGGCGCGUCCAUCCUCCGCCUCUUCUUCCACGACUGCUUCGUCCAAGGUUGCGACGCAUCGUUGCUCCUGGAUGACACGCCCAGCUUUCAGGGCGAGAAGAUGGCCACGCCCAACAACGGGUCGGUGAGAGGCUUCGAGGUCAUCGACGCCAUCAAGUCCGCCGUCGAGAAUGUCUGCCCUGGCGUCGUCUCCUGCGCCGACAUCCUCGGCAUCGCGGCCAGAGACAGCGUCGUCAUCAUGGGCGGGCCGAGCUGGGACGUGAAGGUUGGGAGGAGGGACUCGACGACGGCGAGCUUCAACGGAGCUAACAACAACAUCCCGCCGCCGACGUCGGGGCUCGCCAACCUCACCUCCCUCUUCGCCGCUCAGGGUCUCUCCCAAAAGGACAUGGUCGCUCUCUCUGGAGCUCACACCAUAGGCCUAGCACGCUGCACAAACUUCAGAGCGCACAUAUACAACGACACCAACAUUGACGGUGCCUUUGCAUGGACAAGGCAAUCAGGCUGUCCUAGAACCUCAGGUUCAGGUGACAACAAUUUGGCGCCUCUGGACCUUCAAACACCGACAAUCUUUGAGAACAACUACUACAAGAACCUUCUCUGCAAGAAAGGGCUUCUACACUCUGACCAGGAGCUCUUCAAUGGUGGAGCCACUGAUUCACAAGUCAAGUCAUAUGUUAGUAGCCAAAGCGCAUUCUUUGCGGACUUUGUGACAGGCAUGAUCAAGAUGGGUGACAUUACGCCAUUGACGGGCUCCAACGGACAGAUCAGGAAGAACUGCAGAAGGAUCAACUAAGAGGCGAUACACACAGUCUAUUGAGACCUUAUCAAUUAAUAUACUAUCUUGCAAGUUUGUAAUCUGUCCGUUUUUAUUCGCACAAUUGUGAAAUCAUUAUAUGUGUUCUACCUGUACCAAUGUUCCCAUAUGUAUGUUGAAAUAACUAAUCUGUACGUCAUUUGUUCUCUACACAGAAUUUCUUUAGUUUAA